UGGGAACAACAGACUGCAUGACAGUCCUGGAGCUCAAGAGGACCGCUCCUGACCAUUCUCCAAUCCUCGCCCAGCUUUCGUGUACCUUCCCUAGGGACUGAUCUGGAUCCACACCACAGUCAUGGAUCUUUUCCACAGCUGGGGGGUGGAAGUGGUCAUCCAUCUGCAGACCCAGUAUGGGCAUUAUGAGGGCUGGUUUAGCCUAGCCUCUACAGUGGCUGACCUGCAUACCACCUUCUUUUGUUUCUUCCCAGUCUGGUUCCAUCUGCGCAGGGACGUGGGUGUAAAGCUCAUCUGGGUGGCUGUCAUCGGGGACUGGCUCAACCUGGUCAUGAAGUGGGUUCUAUUUGGAGAGAGACCCUAUUGGUGGGUCCAUGAUACCCGCUUCUAUGGGACAGAUCCAGCCCCUGCCUUAAAACAAUUCCCCAUCACCUGUGAAACUGGACCAGGAAGCCCUUCGGGUCAUGCCAUGGGCUCGUCUGGGGUGUGGUACGUGAUGAUAACAGCUGUCUUCUCAGUGGCAACAGAAAGACGGUUCCCACCUCUCCUGUACAGGUUCUUGCAGGUGGGGCUCUGGAUGCUGCUGUGUACAGUAGAGCUGCUGGUGUGCAUGUCCAGAGUCUACAUGGCUGCCCACUUCCCGCACCAGGUCAUCAGUGGGGUCAUCACAGGUAUCAUGGUGGCUGAGGCCUUCUCCAGAGUGCAGUGGAUCUAUGGAGCCAGUCUGAAGAAGUACUUCUACACCACCCUCUUUCUGCUCGCCUUUGCUGUGGGCUUCUACGAGCUACUGAAAGCUAUAGGCGUGGACCUGCUGUGGUCCCUGGAGAAAGCCCAGAAGUGGUGUGUGAGAGCCGAGUGGGUCUACCUGGACUCCACUCCUUUCGCCAGCCUCCUGCGCAAUAUGGGCACCUUGUUUGGCCUGGGCCUGGGCCUGCACUCACCCCUCUACACCGAGAACAAGAACAGCAGCAUCCCCUUCCGGGUGGGGUGUAUCACUGUCUCUUUAUUGUUGCUACAGAUUUUGGAUGGCUUGACGUUCUCCUCGAGAGACCAGGCAAUGUUCUAUGUGUUGUCAUUUAGUAAGAGUGCUGCUGCUCUCUUCAUUCCCACAGCUCUGGUUCCCGGAGGACUCUCAUGGAUCUUCCCAGGUAGUGGGGCGGCUAAGCUGAAAUUUUCAUAACAACAGUUCACUUUAUGAUAAAAGCACCAAAUUUUGCAGAGGUAGAUUUAUGUACCCUGAAAUUAUUUACAUAUCAGGCCAUGGCAGACAUCUUACAAAAUGGCCACUGAAAGUAACACAACAUUUUACAAUUCAGAAGUAGUGUUUUGAUAUAACUGCAUCAAAUGUGUUACAGAGGUAGAUGUAUGUACCCUGAAAAUAUUUACAGUAUAUAUGGAGCCCCCACAGAUUUGGCCCCUGGGGCCACAGCAGACAUUUUACAAAAUGCCAACAUAUUGUAAUACUGUUUGUAAAACAAUUGUUUUACAAUGCAGAAGGACUGUUUUGAGAUAACAGCACCACAUUUAGUACAGAGGUAGAUAGUACAGAGGUACAGUGCUUUCAGACAGUAUUCAUACACCUUGAUAUCUUCCACAUAUUGUUGUGUUACAGCCUAAAUUGAAAACGGAUUACAUGUAUUUGUUUUUAUCUCACACAAUACCUCAUAAUGACAAAGUGAAAACAUAUUUUUUUGUAAAUGUUUGCCAAUGUAUAUUUAAGGGGUUAACAAAGGGGUUGAACUCAAGACCAUGUGGUAUUGUGUGUAGGCUAGUGACCAAAAAUCUCAAUUUAAUCAAUUUUAAAUUCAGUCUUUGACAAAAUGUUUUGGGAAAAAUGUCAAGGGGUGUGAGUACUUCCCGAAGGCACUGCAUGUCAGGGAUGUGCAACUAUGAUGGGGGUCUGGAGUCAUUAUGAGGGGUUGCAGUGGCUCGUGGGUCUGCGUACCCACACAUCCACACUGUGGCGGAGAGAAGAUUUUGCAGUUGUAGAGCGCAUUUCAAGCAAUUCUAAACAUUUUGCCAUAGGGUGGAGGCAAAUGUUUGCAGUUUUUAAUUUGAUCACUUAUGAUCAAUGGGCCUCACCCUGGUCAGUAAUUGCUUACUACAAGUUCAGAUAGCUAGACUAAUUUAAUUUACCAAUGACAUGAGCUAAUUAAGAGACUGCUGAUGCACAACUAAAUUCCAAAAUUGAACCUUGUAUUGUAUUAUUCUAACUCUUAGUUGAGACCCUGACCGAGUCCCCCCCCACCCUGAUUUUAAAUUGGUCCACGGGCCGUAUGCAUCCCGCGGGCCACCAGUUGCCUAUCCCUGUAGAUGCCCAGUGUAGCUUCUGAUGGAAUCCUAUACAUUCAAGACUUAUAGAUGGAUAUGGUUAUGCACAGGUGGUGAAUAUGAUCAUGCAUCUAAAAAGUUUGUAAUAUGGCAGGUAACCUGGUUGAUUUGAAGAAGUUAAAGUGUUUGACAAUUUUUGUGUUUUGUAUUUACUAGAUAUUGUGAACAAGUUUGCAGAGAUGAAUUAGUGAGUAAAAUCAGACAGAGGUGUUUAUACUUUUGAGUUUGAUUGUUCUUCCGAGAAAGAUUCGGUCCAGCUUUUCUUCUCUGUGUCUUGUUUUUCCAAAAUGCCAAUGCUGAUUAAUUUUCACCAGAGCCAGACAUUAAACAUUAACUACGAGGCCAUCAUUCCUCAGCUCAAUGCAAAGCAACACUCGUUCUCUGUACCUCAUGGCCACUGAUGUUGGGUGUUUUGGGCCUGGCGGUUCAAAGAGCAGUACUUUUUUGUGUGCACCACGUGCAUCUGUGUAUUAGUGAUACAUACCCAUUAUACUGUUUCAAACAAACAUACCAGCAAUAAUCAAUAAAGACAGGACUUUACUAUG